CCCUUUACCUGUCAAGUGUUAAUAAAAAAAAAGCUGCCUUGAGAAAAGAUUCUUGUCGGAUUUUACGAUUUUUUCCGGCAUAAUAUGUGUUUAGAUAUUUUCGUUUAAAGUACACAUUUAUUAGGAAAUUAAAAAACAUAUAUAGUACAGUGUCUGCAAAAUGAUACACAGCUUGUUUAUAAUAAAUCCAUCUGGGGAUGUGUUUCUUGAGAAACACUGGCGAAGUGUUAUACCAAGAUCAGUCUGUGACUAUUAUUUAGAAGCUCAGCGAGCUUCUCCUAAUGAUGUGCCACCAGUUUUAGCAGCACCUCAUCACUAUUUAAUAUCCAUACAAAGAGGCGGCGUAGCUCUUGUUGCAGUCAGCAAGCAGGAAGUUGCCCCUCUCUUUGUUAUAGAAUUUCUACACAGAGUUGUUGAUACUUUCCAGGAUUACUUUUCAGAUUGUACAGAGACAAUCAUUAAAGAAAAUUAUGUGGUUGUUUAUGAGUUGUUGGAUGAAAUGUUGGAUAAUGGUUUUCCAUUGGCUACUGAGAGCAAUAUACUCAAAGAAUUGAUUAAACCACCAAAUAUUUUAAGAACUAUAGCAAACACAGUUACAGGAAAAUCAAAUGUGUCAUCUAUAUUACCAUCCGGUCAGUUAUCAAAUGUGCCUUGGCGUCGUUCUGGUGUGAAAUAUGCAAAUAAUGAAGCAUACUUUGAUGUUGUUGAAGAAGUUGAUGCGAUUAUAGAUAAAAGUGGUGUAACAGUUUCAGCAGAAAUACAAGGAUAUAUUGACUGCUGCAUCAAAUUAAGUGGUAUGCCAGAUCUGACAUUAACAUUUGUAAAUCCGAGGUUAUUUGAUGAUGUUUCAUUCCAUCCUUGUGUGAGGUUCAAACGAUGGGAGUCGGAAAGAAUAUUAUCUUUCAUUCCGCCCGAUGGUAACUUUAGAUUGAUGUCCUACCAUAUUGGAUCACAAAGUGUCGUAGCCAUUCCUAUUUACGUCCGGCAUAAUCUUACUUUACGUUCAAACGGUGAUCAAGGCAGGUUAGACUUGACUGUUGGACCAAAGCAAACUAUGGGACGGACAUUAGAAAACGUAGCGUUAGAAAUUUGUAUGCCUAAAUGUGUGUUGAAUUGCUCUCUGACAGCCAAUCAAGGAAAAUACUCAUACGAUCCAGUCAGUAAAGUACUUUUAUGGGAUAUAGGAAAGAUUGAACUUCCCAAACUACCAAAUAUCAGAGGAUCUGUAUCUGUAGCAGCGGGGGCGGACACGUCAGGUGCAAAUCCAAGCAUAAAUGUGCAUUUCACAAUUCCUCAACUAGCUGUGAGCGGACUCAGAGUUAGCAGACUCGAUAUGUAUGGAGCUAAAUACAAGCCAUUCAAAGGUGUCAAAUAUAUCACAAAAGCGGGCAAGUUUCAUGUGAGAAUGUGAUUGGAAAAUAAUGGCGAUGGCCUGUGAAUUUUUAAAUCAAGUCACAAUUCCACUUAUUACUGACCUCUAUAAAUAUCCUCUGGAUAGGUCAGGCUUUCGCGUAGUUCAGAUUUAAGAGCCAGUUGGUGUUAUUAAUUCUGUUUCUAAUAUUAGUUUGAAUUUCUAAAACUGUUACCAAAACGGAGAAAAUCAAAGAGGCACAAAAUACCACGGGUCAUAGCCUGUCCAGUAUAGAGGUGAUUGUUGUUUAUUCUCUUGCUGCCAACUCGUGUUCGAAACAGAUUAAAAUAUCAUUAUGCUAUAAAUAUUGUCAUCAUGUGACAUACGAAAUACAUUAUUUGGUUUAUCAUUGUACCAGCAUAUUGUUUAAAAACUUACUAUAUCUUAUAUAUUAAAACGUUUUUUUUUUGUAAG